CAACCAAAAAGCAUUUCAUUUUCUGGAUAAAAGAAAUAAACAACUAAUAAAGAAGAGAAGGAAAUGGGGUUAAGAAUAUGCUUCGUUUUGCUUCUCUUCUUCCUUCUUCUUGGCAUUGCCACUCCUUCAUUCCUUAAAUAUGAUAGGCUGGAGAGUCCAGGAGAAGGGCGUUCCCUUUUGUAUCGCACUCCUGGUUGUCCAUUUGACGUGAAGAACAUGAAAUACACAAUAGUUACAAGCCAGUGCCAACGUAGACAAGGCUAUUACAACGCCAAGAUAUGUUGCACAUCAUUUAAGAAAUUAGCCUGCAAAUACAGGGAUUAUCUUAACUCGAAUACCAACACCUGCGCCACCCAAAUGUUCUACUAUCUUCGUGGCCAUGGCAAGUAUCCUCCUGGGCUUUUCCAAACCCUUUGUCACGAAGCCAAGAAUGGCCUGGAUUGUAUUGGAUAUUAAUAUAUACAUAUAUAUGGAAGUAACGGCAGCCGGAAAAAGCAAGCGUUGAAUACUCCUGGUCGUUAGGUUGUUCCAGUUGCCUAUAUAAAAUUGGUCAUAUAUAUAGAUUCCUAUCCAAGAUUUGGAUUGCAUGUAAAAUUUGCACUAUAUGUAUAAUUGUACGUGUUUCAUGGGCUUAAUUAUAACAUACUCCUCUACCAUGCCUCCAUA